UUAAGUUGCCCUGACGCUUGCCAUCACCAAAUAUGGCCGCCUACGGCUUACGAAAUUGGUGUCCCGGAUCUGGCUGUUGCUUGGUGAGGUGGACCAGGAAGUGAAGAACCGAAGCACCAGCAGGGAGAAAUCGAGAUUAUAGUCGACAUGACUAACGCCUACUCCCUGGACGGACUCCUGGUCUUUGCUCUCCUCUUUAUCUGCACCUGCGCAUACUUCAGGAAGGUACCCCGUUUGCGCACUUGGCUCCUGUCUGAGAAGAAGGGUGUAUGGGGAGUGUUCUAUAAAGCUGCAGUUAUCGGCUCCCGUUUGCAUUUGGCUGUUGCUGUUUCCUGCUUUACCAUGGCCUUCUAUGUCCUGUUUAUAAAGUGACUUCCAUUCAACCCGUACCAAGUUUUGGAACCAGAAGCGAACAUAGUAGAAUGCCAAGGGAGCUGGAGAAUUCCAUGGACUGACUGGAAAAGCAGAGUUUGGACUGAUUUGGCAACGCUCCCUCCUGCAGUGACAUGGGCUGUACAUCGUUGCCCCAUCAGGAAGCCAUUUUUGCCUCUACUCUAUAAUACAAACCCAUUUUGUAACAGUUGAUGUGGAAGACAUAGUUAACACCUCCAUUUUAUUAAGGAACGCUAUCUUUACAAUGCUGCUCCAGUGUCAAGCAGGGUCAACUGUUUCCACAAAUACAAAUCCUAUGAUUAUGGUAUCAUUUUAAACCCCCUUCCUAUGAAAACAUAUUUAUUCCUUUCCUUUCUGUGAUGGUAUCUCUUAUGCGCUGUGAUUAUACAAGCUGAAAUAUUUUUAAACAAUGCAAAAUCGGUUUAAUAUACAAGCAGUGCUAAUUAUUGGUUCAGCAGACAUAUUAAAUAUCAAGGUGAUAUAUAUAUAAUGGAAAUAGUGUCUUGGCUUGUUAAUUACAUGUCGAGGAGAAUAAAAACACAACGUGAUGACGUUUAGUGGGAAUAAUUCUGUCAUGUCCUAAUACUUAAAUUAGCUGUGUUUUAUGUGGCCCCCUCCCCUUUCCAUAUAUAUGCCUCCACGGGGUUUGCAUGAUUAUCCAUUAUAUGAUGUCAGGGUGAAUUUUACAUUUAAAUAAAAAAUGAUUUAGAACCA